GGCUUCGAUCUAUCCCGGGCCCGAGCAUGCUAUGAGGGGGAAUAAAAACCAGACCUCUCGCAGCUCUGGUUGGGAGGUGUUUGCUGAUCUGAAGAUAUCCAGGAACUCCCUGAGAGCCCAUAAAUCGACAGUACUUUGACCUUCAGACUAAUACCCUCACUUAGCUUCGUCAAGACGAGUUGUUCGCGCAUUUCUCAUCGACACCGAGAAGAACAGAGUCAUCAAAGCUUGAAUUCACGCAAGAGACAGACAAUAUGGUCAAGACAGUCGUCGUGCUCGGCGCCGCAUACGGCGGCCUGGCCGUGGCUCAUCGCCUGCUCAAGUACACACGCCAGACAGAGCCGGACCUCAGAGUGAUCUUGGUUUCAAAGACAACUCACUUCUACUGGAACAUGGGCUCCGUCCGCGCAAUCGUCCCAGGCAUCGUCCAAGACGACCAAAUCUUCCAACCCAUCGAGCCCGGCUUCGCAUCCUACCCAAAAGAAUCCUUCGAAUUCGUCCUCGGCACCGCAACGGGCCUCGACGUAGGACGUAAAUCGGCCCUCGUAUCAACCGCCUCGGGCCCCAGGUCCCUACCGUACGACUACCUCGUCCUCGCCACCGGCGCCCGCGCCGCGUCCCCCGACAUGCCGUGGAAAUCAUCCUCCUCCCACGAAGAAACCCUCCGCCUCCUCCACGCGACAGCCGACAAAGUGAAAUCCGCAAAGCACAUCGUCGUCGCGGGCGCGGGUCCGACAGGCGUAGAAGUCGCUGCCGAGAUCCGCUUCGAGUUCAAGGAUAAAGAGGUCCACCUCCUCGCCGCCGAAGACGAGAUCCUCGCGGGUGAUUCCAUCGCCAAGCCCGUCGAGAACGAGAUUACGAAGCUGGGAGUGCAGGUCCGGAAGCACGCGCGCGUUGCGAAUUCGCGGCCCUUGCCGGACGGUAAGACGGAGGUCAAGCUUAUGAGCGGGAAGGUUAUCCGGACGGAUUUGUAUCUGCCGACCAUGGGCCUUGUGCCGAAUACGGAGUACCUUGACGCCGGGAUGCUGAACGAGCGCAAGUAUGUGAAUGUGGACGAGUACAUGCGCGUCAAGGGCGUCGAGAACGUCUGGGCGUGCGGGGAUAUCAUUUCGUUUCCGAGGGUGGGCUUCAUGCUCACGGAUAAGCAGGCCGCCGGCGUCGUCAAGAACAUUGAACUCACAAUCAAAGGCAAAGACCAAGCCGUUGUAAAAGGCAUGCCCAUCGACGUCUACGUCUGUGCCACGGGUCGCAGCCGCGGCGCGGGCCGCAUCGGCUGGGUCAAGGCCCCGUCUCUGAUGAUUUGGGCCGUCAAGAGCCGGAACCUGGGGAUGCCCAUGGCCGUGCCGUAUGCCAACGGUGGCCAAUGGUAAGCUGGUGAGCCAGAAUCAGAGGCAGAGAAGGCACGGCUUCGGUGUUUGAUAGCAGGACACAAUUUGGUGUUUUCUUUUUGUUAUUCAUGUAAUUACACUUAUACGAUUCUAC